AUACGUACCAAUUGUGUUUUCUGAAUUUCGGUGUUUCGUUCUUAAAUGGGCUUUCAAGUAAUUACUAUCUUUAAUUGACUUUUAUGGGUAUAACUUAUCGAAUGAGAUUUAGGGUAGAAGGGAUAUUGAUCUCCAAAUAAUUUGAUUAAUUCACUUUCAUUUUAAUGGCUAUGGCAUAAAGAAGUGAAAAGUUGUUGUUUUAAUAGGACCGAAGAAGAAACAGGAUUCAUUUUCUCAAGGAGUCACCAAGAGGAUUAUUUAGCUGAGGUAAACGAAAUUCUUUGGUUAUGCAGUUGAACAUAGAAAUAUCACUAUCUGACAGACAUCAACAACUUUAAAUGGAACAAGUAUCGAUCGAAGAGCGGUUGGCUAAGUUCAGAAAGGAAAAAACCAAAACAAAUCCUCUUCUUGACAGUACGACCACACUCUCUAGACGUUUUGUUGCAUUUCGGAAUACAAUCCUUCCUCCUAAACCACUUGAUGAAAAUAGCAUGUCUACAAUCCCCCUGGAAGAUGACGAAGAAAAUGUUGUGUCUGAACUGAAAGCUGAACCCCCCACGAAUGUAACCCUCUCAAGGGCUUUGUUUAUUCUCAAAAUAAUUCUGUGGCUAAUUUUAUGGGGAUUCUUUGUUGAAAUAGGAUUUGGAGCUGUUUAUUUUAUUGCAUCAGCUUUUAUUUUUAUUUGCAAAAAUACUAAUACUGGUUCCAAAAAGAAAACUGGUCCCAGUGCAUACUCAGUGUUCAAUCCUGACUGUGAACGUUUAGAUGGAACAUUUACUGCAGAACAAUUUGAAAAAGAAUUGCGAUAUGGUUCUGGAUCUGUAAAGUGAAUUGUAAAAUAAUAAAAAAAAAAUCAAAUAUAUUUUUUUUAAUAAAACUACUAAAAAAAAAGAUUCUCUUAGUAUGUGAAAGGACGAUUUACUAAUACUAAUUUUUUGUGGUACCAGUGGUCAAGGUUAAUCACCCAAAUAUAGAGCUAUCUAUAUUUAAGUGAUUAAUCUUGGCCAUCUGUAAUUGGUGAUCUUGAACAGAUAAGUCUACAACCAGCAUAGAUUAGCUGGCAGUGGAUUGACAAGGCCUGAAAGGAAAGGAACUAAUUUUUUUUAAUUACUAUUUAGAUUACAUAUGAGUGCACGAAUACGAAAUUUAAUUUCAUUUAGUAUAUUAAAAUAAUUUAAAAUAAAGUAAUGUUUGAAAUUAUAUUAACAAACAAAUUCAGGUUAGAUUUAUGAUUAGUUUGAAAUUGCUGCUAUAUUUGAGCAAAACAAUUCUAAAAGUAGGAAGGGCAAAUAACUCAAACUUGUAUUCGUUGGCUUGACGGUUUUUUUUUUUUCAAUACCUUCGUUUUAAACUGUUAACAAUGAGGAAUUGUAAUUGAAUUUAAUCUUUAAUGUAUGCAUGUUGUCAAUAACCAUUUUAAUGGAAGCAAUCAAUAAGUAUUUCUGAUUGUCCUUCUCCUUCUUUUGGGUGCCAUGUCCAUUUAACAGAGGACAUAGGAAAUCAUGUCCUGCCACAAUUCUCUGUUCUUUGUUUUCUGUAACAGUUCCCCUUCCUGAUGUUUAAUGCCUCUUUUUUCUCACCAUUUCAUCAAGCUUGAUAUCCAUAUCAUCCUUCCUCUGCUUCUUUUCCCUUCAAUCUUUUCAGUCAUUGUUAAAUAUCUCUAGGCCCACUUUCUUUAUCACAUGACCAAGAAAUGUCAGUUGCUUGACCUUUUUUAUCUCACAAAGCAGUUUCCUGUUUUCUGCAGUUCAGGUCAUCAGUUCUUCAUUAGACAGACAAAAUAUCAAAUGAAGUAAUGACCCAAGCUGCAGUAAAUAGGAAACCGCUUCAUGAGACAAGGGCCAGGUAACUGAGACGUCUUGGUCAUGUGAUGAAGAAAGUAGGCCUGGAGAAUCCAAUUGUCAUAUUAAUAUUUGAAAAGUAUAAAAAUUUCAAUUCUGAAAUGUUAAUUUUCACAAAUUUUGCCGUAUCCAUAACAUUCUCAAUAUUAGUUAGGCAUGGUCACACGAUAAGAAGCUAGCUUCCCAACCGCAUGGCUCUAGGUUCAGUCCCACUAUGUGACACCUUGGGCAAGUGUCUUAUACUAUAGCCUCAGGCCAACCAAAGCCUUGUGAGUGGAUUUGGUAGACGGAAACUGAAAGAAGCCUGUCGUAUAUAUAAUAUAUAUAUGUGUGUAUGUAUUUGUCCCCUACCACUAUUUGACAAGUGUUAGUGUAUUUCAGUCCCCAUUACUUAGGGGUUCAGCAAAAGAGACCCAUAGAAUAAGUACCAGACUUAGCAAAAUAACAAAAAAAGUACUGGGUCAAUUCCUUUAAAUAAAAAUUCUUCAAGGCAGUGCUCCAGCAUGGCCACAGUCUAAUGACUGAAACGAGAUAAAAGAUAUACUUAAAGGGUUUAAUUAUUCAAGCAAGAGUCAUAAUAUGGGGAUAAGUUCCAAGCAAAAUGGGUUCAUAUUUAACUUUGCUUAUCUUCUAUGGCAAAAGCAUGAAACUUACAACUUCCAAUCUCCAUCAUCAUCAUUGUUUAGCAUCUGUUUUCCUUGCUAGCAUGGGUUGGAUGGUUUGACUGAGGACAGGCAAGCCGGGAAGCUGCACCAGGCUCCAGUCUGAUCUAGCAAGGUUUCUACAGCUGGAUACCCUUCCUAAUGCCAACCACUCUGAGGGUGUAGUGGGUGCUUUUUACGUGCCACCGGCACAGGGGCUAGUCAGGUGGCACUGGCAUCGGCCAUGCUCGUAUGGUGCUUUUUAUGUGCCACCAGCAGUGGGGAGGGUACUAAAAGUUUUUGUGGGUAUGGCUGUGUGGUUGAGAUGUUCACUUUCCAAUUACAUGCUUCAAGUUCUAUCUCACUAUGCAGAACCUUAAGCAAGCAUCUUUUAUUAUAGCCCCAGGCUGACCAAAGCCUUGUGAAUGGAUUUGGUAGACAAAAAUUGUAAGAAGUCUGUCAUAUAUCAUCAUUUAACAUCUUUUUUCCAUUGUGGCAUGGAUUGGACUGUUCAACAUGAGCUGGCGAGCCAGAGCACUGCAUCGAACUGUGGAAUUAUGGAUCUGUUCAGUUUCAAUCAGAUUUUUUGACAAAACUUUGUAUUUUAGAAGUCAUUUUGUGUUAAAGUUGUAUUUGGGUAAUUUUAACCAAUCAACAAUGUGUACUCAGUUGAAGAAAGCUACUGCUGUUUGCAAUAGUAAGCAAAGAGGAACAACUUCCAGAUCAUCCCUACUAAAUGUCACUACUCUGUUCUGUUUUAUUUUUGUUUACUGCCUACAUUGCAUAUUACACACUUUUUUCUCUUUUGGUUCUCGCGUUGGAGUAACCAGUAAACAUUGAAGAAUCAACACCAAGAAGGUAGAAAUAUUAUUUACAUAUAUUUAUUUGUUUGCCUGACAUGUAGUUAGAGAUACAGCAGUAAUUGUUGUGGCAGUGACAAGUUUGCUUGCUAGUUGGUAGUUGAUAAUGUAGAAGUGGCUGUUUGCCAGUAGAGAAGGAAAAAGUAAGGAAUGCACAGUGCUGACUAGAAAGGAAGAAAGAAUAAAGGUGACAUCAUCUUUCUUGCAGCCAAAAGCUUCUCUUUUGUGUCAGCUAUGACCAAGGAGCAACACUUUCCCUUUGCUUGAUUUAGAACAGAACAGAGUGGUGACAUUUAGUGGAGGUGACCCGGAAGUUGUUCCUCUUUGAUUACUAUUGCAAACAGCAGUAGCUUUCUCCAACUGUUGAUUGGUUAAAAUUAACCAAAUACACCAACUUUAACAUGAAAUAACUUCUAAAAUACGAAAUUUUCUCCAAAAUGUUCAGUGAGAAAUACACCAGUAUACGAAGUUUCAAACUGUUUAGUUUUUAAAAAAAUAAUUUUAAAAUCUGUGAUGGAUCCAGCAUGGAUUAUUUCUACAGCUAGAUGCCUUUCUUAAUGUAUAUGCGUAGGAAUUGCUUUCUAUUGUGAUUGCUGUAAAUUAGUGUCAUCAUCAUACAAGCAGUGUUCUUUGUUUCCAAUCCUCUGUGAAAAUAUGUCUGAUCAUGAGGAAAUAUCUGCUUGCUUGGAAACUGGUGACAAGGGAAAAUUAUCAACAAAUUCCAUCCAACCCAUGUGAGAAUACAAGAGAGGACAUUAAAAUGAUGAUGACGAAGUGUGUAUGUUUUUAUAUCUCUGCUUCUCUGAAAUAGUAAGCUACAAAGCAAUGAUAUUCUAAUUUCUCAUCAAAAAUUGUCAGCUUCAAUAAUAUAUUAAUCUCACCUAUGCUAACAUGCAAAAACAAACAUCCAAUGAAAUAAAUUAACCUUUUUUUAUAAAUUUGCUGUUGUAAAUAACUGUUAGGGAAGUGAAUUCUACCAAGCUAACUUGUUUUUAAUGUAUUACAUGAAAAUCACAAAAGUCUUCCAAACUAUACCAAUGACUCAAUGAGGAUGGUCAUGGUGUCCAUUUUAAAAUAAAAUAAGAUUUGUAUGUA